AUGGAGAAACGACAAAGAGUUUUAAUCUCGACAAGAUACGAUGAGGCCAUGGAAAGUGUUGAUCGUGUGCUUCAGGAAGUGCUUCAAGGUGUCAACAAAAUUGUAGAAAAGACCGAGACUUGGCGGAGAUCGCCAAUGGACCAUCAAGCCUCUCCAGCAAAUAUUGUCACAAGCAACCUUCUGGAAGCAUCAAGUACCGUGGAGGGGUACAGAGGCGAUUCGUCGUUUAAUGCUCAUGUUAAGCGGGUGGCGGAUACUCUGAAAAACGCUGCAUCCGAUAUUGGCUCCAUAUCUGAUUCUCCUGCGGGUGCCGACAGUCAACACAUUUACAAUGCCAUGGAUACUAGCGAACUCGCGAGCCAAUCGUCAGCUGAUUCUCAAGUUCGCGAGCCCAUACAGUUUCCUGAACUAGAGGGCAGAUCUCUCCCACCUAUGCACCCUGUACUUUCAUUACUGCGUAUGAUACAAGAUGAAAAACAGCCCUUAUUUUUCAAUAUCCCUAUCAUGGAUGAAAAAGAGUUCACGGAUCUCUGUCAGAAAGUUUAUUUUGCUAUCCAACGCUAUUCGGUCAUGACAUGGACAAUCGUUAAUGCAGGGCUUUACUAUCUCUUUCUGUCUAUUGAGGAGGAAGAUUACGACCGAUUGGGUGUCAGUGCUCCAGAACUGAAUGGGUAUAUUCAAAUAUUGUCGGCGAAUGUGGAGGCAGUAAUGGCAAACCUGAGGAUGAUCUUAGAACCAUCUGUUGAAUCAUGUCAGGCCUUGGCGUUCCUCUCAAUGUUUGUUAUGAGGUCGGGUCAAAUUUCCAUGACAUGGAGACUUAAUUCGGCCGCCGCAAGAAUGUGCAUUGAACUAGGACUCCAUCGCUUGCCGCAUGGCGCCAGUGGACGCAAUAUAGCAAGAAAGCGCAAAGUAUUCUGGCAUAUAUACACCAUGGACAAAGGGUUAGCUAUGACCUUAGGAAGAACACCAUCGAUCCACCAGUACGACGUUGCUACUGAAAAACCCGCUUUUCCAGAGGAUUUAUCCAAAGUUUCGACAUACGAUCUGACGGCUUUUCAUUUACAUUCGGGCUUCCUGGAUUAUGGUAUUAUUUCUGGAGAGAUGUAUAUUGAAUUGUUUUCUGCGUCUGCACAACGAGUACCACAAGAUAUUCGUAUUAAGAAAGCCGAGCAUUUCGCCGGGAGACUGAUGGAAGUCAACGACAACGUUCAAAAGCUCCUCCAGGACGAGCCACCUACAGACACUAACUUCGAAUGUUCCGGAAUCCUUCUCGAUAUAAUGAUGCACUGCCUUGUCACAAUAGUCUACCGCAUAGUCCCUUGCCAGGCGCCGAAUUCUCAUCCACUACAAUGUAGCGAUGGCUGUGUUGACGCAGCCCGGAAAGCAUUAGCUGCUAUCGAUAGAGCCAGACAAGCAAUCUCGGCAAUAAGUCCAGCAGGUUGGGUUCUAUUCCUUAAUACAUUAUUCGCCUUGGUGCCGUUUACACCCUUUAUUGUGCUGGCUGGAAAUACUGUCGCGAAGCCAUCAGCGGAAGAUCUUAACCUUUUAUGGUCCGCACUGACUAGCAUUGAAGCAAUGUCUCACGAGUCUCCAAGUUCGCAGAAACUAUACAACACAUGCAAAGCAUUUUAUCAAUUUGCCGAGGACACAUUUUCACGCAAAAUGAAAGGCGUGACUUCUACUGGUGCUGAGAGCGAACAACUACUCUUUAAUGCAAAUAUCUCGCAUCCAGCGUCGGUAUGGGAGAAUGAGAUGAAUGAGACCAGCCAGUUUGAACAGGCCAUGGCUCCACAAGCGUGGGGUGCGUUCAUGUCUGAAUUCGUGAAUGAACACGACACCAACUUCGAACCAGCGACAUUGGCAUCCGUCCUUGAACCAUAUUUGCCCUUGGACCAGGAAAUGCGGUAUUGA